AUGGCAGAAGACCAGGCCUCGCUGAAAGAAAACACCAUGCAACUAGCAGAGAUCCUCUCUGAUAUCGUCUCUCUACGUGUUUGCGAUCCCGCCGCCGCCCUCGCCCUCGUCUCCGCACGCCCCGACUCUUCUCCUUCUACCACUACCCAAGACACCACUGCCCCCGCUGAGCCAAACACCACACCAACGACACAGCAAGAUGAAUCGGAUCCUGAUCUGAAGCGCGCAAAGGACCUACUCAAGUUACAUUUUGAAGUCAAGGAAGCGCAGAAGAGAGGGGAGUUGAGUCGGGGGUUGGAGGAAGCGAGGGCUAUGGUAGAGAGGGCUGUUGGGGGGUGA